AUGAAGCCAGUGGACAAGCCUGAAUCAGUCUGCCCAUCUCCCAUCAACCAUGGUUUUGCGGGUGAAAAGCCACCUGUGCAGCUACCCCGUCCCGUCUUUGUACCAGAUCCAGUACGUCUCACCCAUUAUGAGCAGCCGUCUGCUCCGUAUGGCACCAUUUCAACGACCGGCGAACUCGCGUCCUUGCCUGAGCCUGCAGUAGCUGCAGCCUUAUCGGACAUGAACGCACAUGCCCUGGUCACCCCAGGUCCGGCCAUCGCUCCUGCGACAACUGAUGCCGACGCUCGAGCUCCCGCUGACGGAAACGGUGCGACCACUCGCAUCGUCGACGUUGGCGCUGGCAUGACAGUUCUUGUGACAGGCGCUGCUCCGGUGGUGUCUGACGCUGAGGACACAGUCGUGCUCCCGUCUUCGCAAGUUCCUAUUCUGAAUUCCAAUGGUGACGAUAAAGAUGAGUCCAUGAUGGAAGCGACCUCGCUUCAGCUCAGCCUCGCCUCAACGCCUGUUGAACCGAUCGCCGACUCGACUUCGGCCGCUCAGCAAUCGCCUGCAACUUCUGGAGGCGAAACUCCCUCGCUUGGUGCUCUUUUACGCCGUCCCACAGAGAUUCGUCGAGACAGGACCGCUGUCUCGGCUUCUAAUCGUGUGGUGCUACCUAGACCGUGUGCAGCAGAUAUCACGGCAAUCGAUGCGCUAUACGAAAACGGCGGAGAUUGGGCUUCGCUGCUUGCUUCGGUCGAACAAGCACGCCCAUAUGAACUCCCUCGUGCCCGCUAUGUCAUGACCAUCGGUACCGGUCGCGCGUUCGAACGCACGGGAAUCAACAAGAUCAUGGCCUCGUUUCUCAAAGAGAACGGGAAUGCAGUGGUCACCGAACAGAUCAAGCUUCAGCAACUCGGUCAAAUAUCCAAGGGGCGUGGUGGCGAGAUCUGA